UACUGUGCGACGCACAUGUCGAGGUGAAAGUGCAGGCGGCCGUUUUUUCGAAGGAAUCUUCCUAAUUAGACAAGCAAAGACAAACUGUGAGUCUCACCGUCACUAGCGCUUUUGUUUUAUCUUAUUUCACGACCGAAGACUUACUCUGCGCUAGUAUUACAGAAGCUGGUGUUUUAAACCCGGGUUAAACUCUCGGCUCAGCGCUGCAGAUGGCUGCUUAGCUAGGCUAGCUAAUGUUAGCUUUGGCUGUAAACAAACACUCCAAACAGUGAAGACACAGGAGCUCAAAAACUAAAUUUGAACUUUUAUAUUUGUUCAGCAGAUGUGGUUGAUAAUACAGUCGGGUCAAGAGCUUAAAAAAAAGUAUAGAAAUAUAUCGUUAGGUGAAGCAGGGGCAGUUUGAGGGUGCAUGUCUGCAGAUUAGCGACACAACUUCAGUUUUGAUGACAAUGCGAGUUUCUCCAAACUAGGUCGGAGCUCUGUCGCUUUAGAGCGGGUCUGGGUCGCUCGGGUCAAGGGGGAAACACACACUUAGACCGGCAUGUCGUCGUUUUCCGAGUCGGCUCUGGAGAAGAAGCUGACGGAGCUGAGCAGCUCGCAGCAGAGCGUGCAGACUCUGUCUCUGUGGAUCAUCCACCACCGAAAACACUCGGGCCUCAUCGUCAAAGUGUGGCACCGAGAGCUGAGGAAAGCUAAAAGCUCCAGGAAGCUGACGUUCCUGUAUCUAGCCAACGACGUCAUCCAGAACAGCAAGAAGAAAGGACCCGAGUUCGCCAAAGACUUUGAGACUGUCCUCGUGGACGCCUGCUCCCAUGUUGCCAGAGAAGCGGAUGACGGCUGUAAAAGGCCCAUGGAGAGACUGCUGAACAUCUGGAAAGAGAGAGCCCUCUACAGAGCAGACUUCAUUCAGCAGCUCAAACUGGCCAUAGAAGACUCAAACAGCCCCCGGCCUUCAGAAGAGAAGAAGGCUGUGAAACGAAGCUAUCACAAGAUCAAGGAGGAAGAAGAAGAAGAGGAUGAAGAUGAUGACUACAGAUGCCAAAUCUCCCCUCACAACUCAGACAUCUCUGCAUCUCAACUGACAGAAGAGCUUGUGAAGGCGCUGCAGGAUUUGGAGAACGCAGCCUCAGGCGACGCAGCAGUUCGUCAGAAGAUCGCCUCGCUGCCACAGGAGGUCCAGGACGUGUCCCUGCUGGAGAAGAUUGGUGACAAGGAUGCAGCAGACAAGCUGUCGAAGACGGUGGAUGAAGCGUGUUUGCUGCUGGCGGAGUACAACGGGCGGCUGGCUGCGGAGCUGGAGGACCGGAGGCAGCUGGCCCGCAUGCUGACUGAAUACAUCAACAGCCAGAGAGACGCUCUGAUGGAGAGGGAAAAGAAGCUAGAGGAGUAUAAGCAGAAGCUGGCGAGGGUGACCCAAGUUAGGAAAGAGCUAAAGUCCCACAUCCAGAGCCUCCCUGACCUGUCUCUCCUUCCCAACGUGACGGGGGGUCUGGCCCCGCUGCCCUCGGCCGGAGACCUCUUCUCGAACGACUGAGAGGCAUUGGUCCAGACAAACUACCCCCACGCCUCUCCCCACCAAACCCAGCCGCCCGUAUGAUUCACAGAACACUUCCAGCUGUGUCACCAGCCAGAGGACACGUGUGGACACAUCUCACCUGCUGACUCCUGACCUGCAGGACAACAGGGAGGCAGGGACACUCGAAGCAACAUUUGGUUAAACCACAACACUCUGCAGAGGAGAACAGAGACUCUGUCAGCCUGGAUUCUUCCGGCACUUUCUCGAUCAACAAGGAUUCCACUCCACCAGCUUAGAAUGAGUUUGCUUCCUGUUUGUUUUUAUUUUGUAUUUAACGCUGGAAAUGUCUGGGCUCUAUGAGGAGGGGCUGGGUUAAGAAGAAGCAUCGAUAGACAUACAGUUUGGCUGUCAAUCAAAAGUGUCUUUCUGUGUGGUAUGUUGUGGAGUCAGUGAGCAAAGGUGGGCCAUUUGCUCUCAAACCUCUCAGAGGUUACACUGUGAAGAGGAUUUACCAUUUGUUAGUUUUAUUUUUGGGGUAUUAAGUUUGUCGUUUUUUAUCGACCCGUAGGGGGUUUUGAUGCGUGUGUAAAAUUAGGGAAGAUGUCAGAUUGGGUUCAGUGUAAGUUGCUUUCUGUUUGCUUCACGAGCGGUCAACAGCAUCAGCACUGUCAUUUCAGUAAUACUUCAUAGACACAGAGACUUCAUGUUUUGUCCUCAUAGUUAGAGUCAAUAGUCCUGCUCUGUUUUUCCUGUCCCUGAUUGAAAGCUUUUUCUCGUUUACAGACUAAAACUUUCCAAGUCAAUAUUUGUUUUCAUAUAUUCAUUUGGACAGAAGCUUGAAUAAUGGUAAUUAUGUAAUAAGUGUGUACUAGACAAGGUUUAAUUUUUAUAAAUAAAUCCUGGAAGUUUGAGGAAACAAUUCAAAACAUUGUUUUCUUUCCAGUAACCUCCCUGGUCUUUAAAUCUAUGACACGAUACCAUUAGAAAAACACAAUAUCUUCUUAAGAGGCCAACAAGGUGAGAAGAAUUAUCCAGGUUUAGUUUGUGAGGAGUGGGCAGUAUGAAAUAUAAUACAUUCAAGAUGAAAAAGAAGAUAUUCUAUGUACCACAACAAGUGUUUUGUUAUACAACUCAAACAGGCGUCUCUUGCUAUGUGAAAUAGAUUAAAGCUAACAUUCUGCAGCUACAUUCUGAAGUGUUUAAUACAUACAAUAUUAAAAGGAUUAAUAUGAAUGUAUACGUAUUGCUCAGUCCUACCUGUGUGUAGACGUACAGAGAAGUAGCAACACAUUUACUGCACUUCAUUUCUCAGGUGUGUUGAUGAGGAGACAAAGCAUUAAUAUUACAAACCCCUGAGAUUGUGUCAGGAAAAGCAAGUCCUUUCCAAAUCAUUUUCUGAACAGUUAUUUUGCCAAGUCCUAGGCAAUAUGUAUCAAUGUCAAGCUCAUAUUUGAUUUUAACUUGUCUGUAUACAGAAAAACAUUUGAUAAUUUUUAUAAACGUAAAUAAAAAAGGUCAGAGUUUUUUUUA